UCACAGGUAAAGUCCAGAGAAUCCAACUCCUCUCCUCUAUGAACAUCCGUCCCUCUGAAAUGAAGGCCACAAAAGCAUGAAGCUGCUUUCUGUUUCUGUCUCUGUAUCCUCAGAGUCCAGAGGACAGGUCACAGUGACUCAGCCUGGAGCAGUGAGCUCCAAUGUUGGAGGAUCUGUCUCCAUCUCAUGCAGAACCAGUCAGAAUGUUUAUGACAACAACCGUUUAGCCUGGUAUCAACAGAAAGAUGGAGAAAAGCCUAAACGACUAAUUUACAGUGGUAGCACUCAAGAUUCAGGGAUUCCAAGUCGUUUUACAGGCAGUGGAUCAAACUCUGAUUUCACUCUGACCAUCAGUGGAGUUCAGGUUGAAGAUGCAGCAGUUUAUUACUGUCUGAGUGCUCAUGUCAUCAACAGUCAGAAUGCUUCUUCUCCGUCCACCAUGAGAGGCUGUGGGCUGGAGUUCAAAGAACCAGAGGGUGGAUCUUUAUCGAGGGGUCCUGAAGCAAGCUUGAGCAAUGAUAUGUGGAAGGUGGGUGAGAUCCGAUACUCUGGAGGCAGCCUGAGACGGAAGGACACAGGGGCAGCUUCAGGCGGAGAUCCCGGGUGGAUAACCAGACCCAUUGACCUGGCACAAGGUUGGGUCCCUCGCGACGAUGUCGAUCAGCCUGGAUCUGGGAUCGACGGACCACAUGUUGGAGCUGAACAUGGGCUGCUCUCCAUGUCUCCUCGCACCGCCAAAACCAUUCGCCUACUGCUGGCAACUCUGUGGAUUUGCCAGACCAGCGAAAGAACGGCGGCUGCACUCCUAAGACACACUGGAAUGGCGAGCGAUGAGGAAUGGGUAGAGGUUGCAGCAAACCAGCUGGGAGUUGUCGAGGGGACUUUGACAUCUGGCAUGUGGCACGUAUUCCAUGACGAAUUGUGCCACGUUGGCCUGCAGGGUGGACCACCAGAAGCAUCAUUUGAGUUUGUUUGUUUCAGAGUCAGAGAGCGUGUCUCUGUACAGUCAGAGGUUUUUGUACGACGCUUCAACCAGUUUGUAUCACUGUGGUUCACGUUUGGUGGAGGAACCAGACUGGAGUUUGGAAGUGACAGCAGUCCAUCCCUGACCAUGCUCUUCUCCUCCAAGGUGGAGAAGCAGCAGGGAAAUGCCACACUCAUGUGUGUGGCCAACAAGGGCUUCCCCUCAGACUGGACUCUGUCCUGGAAGGUGGUCGGCUGCAUUAAGAGCAGCAGCAACUGGGAGCAGAUCAGCAGUCCCGGGGUGCUGCAGAAGGACGACCUCUACAGCUGGAGCAGCACCCUGAGGCUCUCUGCAGACCAGUGGGAGAAGGUGGACUCUCUGACCUGUGAGGCCAAGAGAGGAUCCCAGACUGCAGUCUCAGAGACUCUCAGGAGAGACCAGUGCUCCCUGCCCUGAAACAUUCAGACUUUACAGUCUUUUCUUUGUAAUGUUUUCCAAUCUUUUUCUUUAUCUUUUCUUUUAAAGCUGUUUCUUAAUUGUUCAUUUUUUCUGCUGUGACCUUUUCAGGAAUUAAAAACAGUUUUUCUCAUUUGCAUCAAUAGAAAUAAAAUGAUUUUCAAAUGUUUGAAUCGUUGACUUUUUCCCUGUUUUCA